AUGGCGGCGUCAAAGCCCGUAGAGCCGCAGUCCAGCACUGGUCUGCCCCGGUGGCAGCUCGCCUUGCUGGUCGGGACCCCCAUAGUGCUGGGCGUGGGGGCCGUGUAUCUGUGGAACCGCCGCCGGGGGAAGGAAAGCCGGGGAAAAGGCACCGGGGAGAGGAAGACUCCUGAAGGCAGCGCCAGUCCCGUGCAGGGCCAGGACGGGAAAGCACCAGAAGAGACCCCGCUGAGCCCGUUGGACAAAGCCCAAGCAGCAAAGAACAAAGGGAAUAAAUACUUUAAAGCCGGGAAGUAUGAGAACGCGAUCCAGUGCUACACAGAAGCCAUCAGCCUUUGUCCCACGGAGAAGAAGAACGAUCUGUCCACUUUCUACCAGAACAGAGCCGCAGCCUAUGAACAGCUGAGUAAAUGGACAGAGGUGAUCCAGGACUGCACACAAGCUGUUGAGUUGAAUCCACGUUACAUCAAGGCCUUGUUCCGGCGAGCAAAAGCCCUGGAGAAACUUGACAACAAGAAAGAGUGUCUUGAAGACGUGACGGCGGUCUGUAUUCUGGAGGCUUUCCAAAACCAACAGAGUAUGCUAUUGGCCGACAAAGUGCUCAAGCAACUCGGCAAAGAGAAAGCGAAAGAAAAGUACAAGAAUCGGGAACCCAUGAUGCCUUCUCCUCAGUUCAUCAAGUCUUACUUUAGCUCCUUCACCGACGACCUCGUCUCACAUCCGCUACAAAAGGGAGAGAAGAAAGAUGAAGAUGAAGACAAGGACAAAGAGGGGGAGGCGGCGGAGGUCUCUGAGAGCUCGGGCUACGUGAAAGCGAAGCAGUUCAUGGAGGAGGAGAACUACGACAAAAUAAUCAGUGAAUGCACGAAGGAGGUGGACUCUGAGGGUCGGUACACUGCUGAGGCCCUGCUCCUGCGCGCCACAUUCUAUCUCUUGAUUGGAAACGCAACCUCCGCUCAGCCGGAUCUGGACCGAGUCAUCAAUAUGAAGGACGCCAAUGUCAAGCUCUCCUCUCUGUCAGGCAUGUCUACGGCUACCACCCCCGCCAAAGGGUCGGAUCCGAAGCCGAAGGAGGCAUCCCGCUCAUGUCCCGCGUCAUGCGGGUCUGCCAUCUCAGGCAGGGACCCUCACCCUAUGUGCAUAACCUGCAUGGGCGCUAAACACGCUCAGGCAGCGCUCGCUGACCGCGAGUCCUGCGGGUAUUGCGCAUCUAUGCCUGAGAAAAUAUUGGAGAGGAGGCUCAGAGUUGCGGUGGCUCAUCCCCACGACCCGUUGCUGGCGGGGACCACCGAUAAACCCACAGCCGUCACUCAACAGCCCCGUAAGACUGAACUAUGGUCAGAUAUGCUGAAUGACGAUGACGCUGAUAUGCCGCCAUUAUUCGAGGACCUGCUCGAAGUGGACCCAGGCGACGAGGGCGCAGACGGCGAUGAUGCCGCUUCUGACUUCCUCGAGGCUGUGGAUAUGGAUGAUGUGGAGGAGGACUCUACAUUCCCAGCGGCCCAGUCCCGACCCUCCAGCGCAUCUGAGGCUGCGACUCCCGUCGAUAGCAGCCUAUAUGAUGUGUGCAAGCGCGCUGCCGCCAAGCUUAACAUAACCUGGCCAGCCGCUGUAGAUGCGGAGGAUGGGGAAAGGGAUUUAUAUGACGGUAAACGGCUCCCGCCAGCGCAUCCACCUCCGAAGCAACUUCUCCCUGCUGUCAGCGCAUGCAUGAGAGAGGUGGGGAGGUUUUGGAAUAACCCACUUAGGAGCAAGCUUCCUGUACAGGGCUAUUCAAAGCUGGAGAUCCAUGGGAUGAAGGAGCUGGGGUUGGCCGAACCCCCAGCGGUGGAGCCUUCAGUGGCUUUUCACCUCCAUCCUAAUCGCCGUUCCGUCUCAGCCUCAAGGGAACUACUUGAGGAAAUGGGACAACAGCUGGACUCCGGGUCUCCUAACCCGGUCCUCUGGGAGGAAAUCUGCGUGGUAAAUGACCUCAUCCUACGCUCUACUCGUGGAGCUGUCCAGGGCUGCGGCCAUGUCAUGGGACUGGCCGUAGCGGGUGAGAGGGGUCUAUGGCUCAACCACUCAGGUCUGACAGACGCUCAGAAGGCUGAAGUUAUGGACACUGCUUAUGACCCUACCAAAGGUCUAUUUGGUCCGGCCCUGGAGAAGAUGAAGGAAACCAGUACCCUCCGUAAAGAGGAGGGUGCGGCCUUUAAUCUUUGUCUGCCAAGGAAACAACCUCCUCGUCCAGCGCAGCCCCAGAGAGCGGGCCCCUCUGGACAGACAGGCCCCAGGGUUCCCAGGGCGGGCCCUGGGCCGCAGAGGGGGGCAACCCAGCACCCUGGCCAGCAUUCCAACCAGCAUUCUGGCCAGCAGCAACGGCCAGGCAACUCCAGACCAUGGGGAAAACACUCCUAUGCUGCGGCUGCAGCAAAAAACCGCUCUUCUCAGCCCGGGGAGAGCAAAAAGAAGCGCAAUUCCUAG